AAUGUAUGCACUGAUGGUGGCUGCCAGCUUUUCAUCUACAGACUCUCUGCAGCCCAGAACUGUGACUGAAAUAUACAUCAAUAUUGUUAGAUUUGGCCUUCAGAUGAACAGCAACAAAACCGGGAUCAGGAAUCUCAGUCAGUUCAUCAAAACCAAGAGAAAUAGAAUCCUGUCUCUGGCUGAAGCUGCUUUUAAUGCAACCGAAAGAAAAACUGUGAACCUGGGAGAACUUUCCUGUGAAGACACCUGCGUCCUUUCCUUCCUGAAAACACUCCAUGGCAAAGUUCCUCUACUGAAACCAUAACUCUCAAUGCUUUCCUCCAUUACACCAUGCAGGAGUUUUUUGCAGCUCUGUGGCUUCUGAAGAAUCCUGAUAAGAUCAGGGAAGUUUUGCAGCAAUGCUUCACUGAGGAGAAGAAACACAUGAAGCAUCUGAUCCCGUUCAUGUGCCGUUUGUUGAAUGAGAAGAGUCCAUGUUUGAUGAGCUGUCUGAUUCCAGCUGAGGAGAUCAAGGAAACAUCUGGAUGGUUCUUCAAAGAAAUGAUUGACACAUUUUUCCAUCAGGCUGUUGCUAAUGAGCUUCAUGUUGACAUGAAGCUCACUGUAGACAGAUUGUUUGUAUACCAGUGUUUGUUUGAGUCACAGAGCUCUGAAGUCUGUAUUUCCUUUCUGGACAAACUGAACUUCCAUCUUGACCUCAGCAGAGCGAAUCUGGACCCUUAUUCCUGCUGUGCUGUGGCCUAUGUGGUCACUCAGUCAAAGGAAAGGAAAAUAAGUCUGAACCUUCAGGAUGCGACGAUCACAGCACAAGGAAUGAGACAUCUGUUUGCAUGUCUUCAAAAUGUUGAAUGGUACGAUACUCUCAAACAGCAGCUGUGGAAAGUUUUUCUUCUCAGUGAAGAACAGAUGGAUUACCAAACCUUACUGGGUCUCAGUGGGAACCUGCUAUGCCUCCCAGUUGUGAGUAAAACAAAGCUGGUUGACAAAGCUGUGAAGGUUUUGCACACGAUUGCAACAGAGGUGAAUGUUUGCCUCUACGGGGACAGAAAAGAUCCACUGUGCCCGAUUUUGCGCAGCGCUCUUUUAGAGACUUUACCGUACAUCAACUCUCUCAGGAUUACCUACAGAUCUGCAGGUUCAAUGAACCAGGAAGAAUGCAACAAAACAAUGGAAAAGGAUCAGAAGAGCAUGUUCCUGGAUUUAUGCUUCACAACAGCACUGCACAGCACACAAAAGUUUCAUACUAUGAUGCCUAAACUUGUGGCAAUUUGUCAGAUUAAAACUGACUUGGUGAAUACUCUUUUUGACUUGCAUCAACAUGCAAUUAGCAGAGGGCUUUCCAUUGACUUUCCAACCCUGCGACCAGUUUUCCAAUCAACCCCUGCAGACUGGCUCAUAGAUGUCUCGGAGAGAAAGGCCUCCAGCCUGCUGGAAAUGCUCAAACUCCAAUCAGAGAAAAAGAAAGUGGGGCUGACAGGAUGCUCACAUGACCAGAGUGAAAUGAGAAACUUGCUUCAGUGUCUGCCUUAUCUCUCAAAGCUCAGUUUUGUGGCUGAGUCAUCAGAGAGCAUCUGGUUCUUGGAAAUGUUGCUCUGUGCUGCGGCAGAAAUGAAAGAGCAGAAAGGAGUAAAUAUGCUGGAGCUGUUAUCAGUUUGCAUGUAUAAAGGAACCCCACUCCAGUGGAAAUGGUAUGAUUUCCUGCUGGACCUGUACUCUUCUAGGACUGAAACAGGCCGGACGUUUUCAUCACUCACAUCAGUCCUCCAGUCAGCAGAUCCUGCAGUCUGGUUCGUUAACCUCUCAAAGACGAAGGCCUCCAUGCUUCUGGAUCUUCUAAAACUUCAGUCAGGGAAGAAACAAGUUAAUCUGACUGGCUGCUCGCAUGAAGAGGCUGGAGUCAGGAGUUUCCUCCAGUGUCUGCCUUUUAUCUCACAACUCAGUGUGGUUCCUCUUUGGUCCAGCUCUGUUGAGCAAACCAGGUUCUUAACCAGGCUGUUCUGUGCAGCAGCAGAGAGAGAAAAGCAGACGGGAGAGAAGAUGCUGCAGAUGUUGGCAUCAGUCUGUAGUUACAAGCAUUUUCCCUUCAAUAGCAGAUCCAUCGAUGAAACAUGUAGGCGUGACUUCCUGCUGGAUCUGUACUCCCAGAUGCAGAACUGUGAGACAGAAACAGGUCUGAGUUUCCUUCCAUCAGUACAGUCAGUUUUCCAGUCAGCUCCUGAAAUCUGGACUUUAGAUCUGUCAAAGAUAAAGACCUCCAUCCUCCUGGAAGUGCUGAAACUCCAACCAGAGAAGAAACAUCUGAAGGUGAAGGGCUGGUCAUAUGAAGAACGUGAAGUGAGGAACCUCGUAAAGUGUUUGCCUUAUGUAUCCAAGUUCAGUUUUGUUCCUGCGAGGUCAAAACCUCAUGAGCAAACCAGCUUCUUGGUGACUCUGUACUGUGCAGCCGCAGAGAGAGAACAGCAGACAGGAGAGAAGAUGCUGAACAUGUUGGCGUCAGUCUGCACGUUUAGAAUAACACCUGUGAGCGAAGCAGAUAUGAACGAGCAAGCACAGAAGGCUUUCCUGUUGAGUUUGUACGGUCAGGUGAAGGACUGCGAGUUGAAAACAGGCCUGAGUUUGUUUCCCUUGUUGAAGUCGGUUUUCCAGUCUGUUGCUAAUGUCUGGAUAAUGGACCUCUCAGAGAGAAAUACCUUAAUGCUGAAAGAACUGAUCGUCCAAUUGGAGAAGAAACAAGUGGUUUUGAAAGGCUGCUCACAUGAAGAGCGUGAAGUGAGGAGUUUCCUGCAGUGUCUGCCUUUUAUCUCACGGCUCAGCUUUGAGCCUUGGGUGUCGGAAGCUUCUGAAGAAAUCCAUUUUCUCCGGAGUUUGUUCUGCGCAGCAGAGAAAGAUAAACAAAAGGAAAUGAAGACGCUGAAUAUGUUGGCAUCAGUAUACAUUUAUAGAGAGGCACCUCUUAAACAGAAAUGGUCUGAAUUCCUGCUGGAGUUGUUCUCUUAUGAGCUUAAAACAGGCUUGAGUGUCCCGCCGUCACAGAGAGCCAUCGUCAUACUCUUCAAAGUGCUGAAGCUCAAGUCAAGCCGGAUACAUGAAUCCAGCAGUGCAGCUCUUCCUGAACAAAGGAGCUUCUUCGUGAAUCUGUUCUGUGCAGCAGCAGAGAGAGAACAGCAGACAGGAGAGAAGAUGCUGGACAUGUUGGCACCACUCUGCACAUAUAAAGCAUUCCCUUUUAAAGCUGGUGAUAAAUACCAGCUUGACUUCCUGCUGGAUCUGUACUCCCAGCUGAAGGACAGAGAGACUAAAUCAGGUCUGAGUCUCCUUCCAGCAUUACAGUCAGUUUUCCAAUCAGCUCCUAAAGUCUGGAUCAUAAAGCUCUCAGAGAGAAAGACCUCCAUCCUCCUGGAAGUGAUGAAACUCCAACCAGAGAAGAAAUCAGUGGAGCUGACAGACUGCUCACAUGGAGAGAGUGAAGUGAGGAGUUUCCUGCAGUUUCUGCCUUUUAUCUCUCAGCUCAGCUUCAAUUUGGAUGACUGGGAUGAUUCCAGUUAUGAUCCUGAUAAACAGUCCAGGUUCUUAGUGGAUCUGUUCUGUGCAGCAGCAGAGAGAGAACAGCAGACAGGAGAGAAGAUGCUGGAAUGUUUUGCAUCCGUCUGCAGAUAUAAAACAUUCCCUUUUGAUGACAUCCAUGCUGAUGAUGAAGAUAGAAGUGACUUCCUGUUGGAUCUGUACUCCCAGAUGAAGGACAGAGAGACUAAAUCAGGUCUGAGUCUCCUUCCAUCAUUACAGUCAGUUUUCCAAUCAGCUCCUAAAGUCUGGAUCAUAAAGCUCUCAGAGAGAAAGACCUCCAUCCUCCUGGAAGUGAUGAAACUCCAACCAAAGAAGAAACCAGGAGCUGACAGACUGCUCACAUGGAGAGAGUGAAGUGAGGAGUUUCCUGCAGUGUCUGCCUUUUAUCUCUCAGCUCAGUUUGGGAGACGGUGAGGAGCCCAGCUUAGAUCUUCAUGAACAAACCAGGUUCUUAGUGAAUCUGUUCUGUGCAGCAGCAGAGAGAG